CUAAACUAGUUUCAUUCCUUCCACUUGGUUGCCAUUAUUAAUACAUCUCCCCCGAGCUCCUUACCUUCUCAUCCCACCAGUCUCUGCUCUUCUCUUCCACCAUGGCGCCAAACCAGACCACAUCUCUUCUCUCGGACGACGAAUCGAACCACGACACCCGCCGCAAUGCCAGAACCCACCCGGGCACCAACCCAUUCAUCUUCACAGCACUCAUUGCCCUCAGCUGCGUCGGCCUUUCCGCCGCCUCUGCUUUUGGCUUCCUCUACUUCUCUACAUCUUCUUCAACUACUCACUCGGCCCAGAAACUGUCUUCGAUCGAACGAACCGGCCGGCCCAGCUCGAAACUCCCCCGCCCGGUCGUGAUCAUGAUCUCCGCUGAUGGGUUCCGAUUCGGGUACCAGUUCAAGACGGCAACCCCGAGCAUCGACCGGCUCAUGGCCGAAGGAACGUCGGCCGACCGGGGUCUGAUCCCGGUCUAUCCGACCCUCACUUUCCCCAACCAUUACUCCAUCGUCACGGGGCUCUACCCUGCCUACCACGGCAUCAUAAACAACUACUUCGUCGACCCGGCCACCGGCGACGAGUUCACUCUGGCGAGCCACGACCCCAAGUUCUGGCUCGGAGAGCCGCUGUGGGAGACGGUGGCCAACCACGGCCUGCCCGCUGCUGCUUAUUACUGGGCUGGAGCUGAAGUGGUGAAAGGGAGCUGGACUUGUCCUCCACAGUUCUGCCCCAAAUACAACAGCUCGGUGCCAUUGGAGGAGCGAAUUGAUACUUUGCUUAGCAACUUCGAUUUGCCGCUCGAGGAAAUCCCUGUUCUCAUGAAUCUCUACAUUGAAUCUCCUGACGCACAGGGUCACCAGGUUGGGCCCGACGAUCCACAAAUAACCGCAGCCGUGGGCCGAGUGGACUCGCUACUGGGCAGGCUAAUCACCGGGCUGGAGCAGAGGGCCCUAUUGGACGAAGUAACGGUGAUCUUCGUAGGCGACCACGGCAUGGUCGGCACGUGCGACAAGAAGUACAUCUACAUCGAGGAUUUCGCGGAAUGGAUCGACAUCCCGGAAGAAUGGAUCAUGUACCACACUCCGGUCCUCUCCAUCCGCCCUCCGGCCGGCGUCGACGCUGCCGAGGUAGUGUCCAAGAUGACGGAAGCGCUGGAGUCGGGGAAACUGAACAACGGCGGCAGCCUGAAGGUUUACCUGAAGGAGAACCUGCCAGCGAGGCUGCACUACUCCGACAGCGACAGGAUCACGCCCAUCAUUGGGAUUGUGGCGGAGGGUUACACGGUGGAGCAGCGGCGGGUGGCCGGGGAGGAGAUGUGUUGGGGUUCCCAUGGGUAUGACAAUGCGGCGUUUUCGAUGAGGACGAUUUUCGUCGGGAGGGGGCCGAAGUUCGGGAAGGGAGUGGUGGUGCCGUCGUUUGAGAACGUGGAGCUUUAUAAUGCGGUUACUUCAAUUCUGGGGAUUUCCGGGGCUCCGAAUAAUGGAACUUCGGGUUUUGUCAACACCGUUCUGCGGAGAAGAUGAUGAGUGGGUUUCUCCUUAAGCAAAUGAGUUUGAUGCUCUGAGCUACUGGGACUCUAGAGGAGCAAGAACUAAAUACAAAAAAGCUAAAAGUACGUGUGUACGAUGGUGAUGAGUGUAACAGGUGGUAUUUAUUACCGUUAGGUCCAACGUACCAAUUUAUGACCAUCCGGUAAAAAUUGGAAUCAAUACAUGUAUUUUCAUUUUCCUUAUUUGGUAAUUAAUUAAUUGCGACUCCCUACAGUAAUUUGGGUAUAAUUUUAAGUAAGGUAACUUGAUUAAAUAUGAACCAUUAAAAUAUAUAUUAAUCAUUUUAAGCCAUUGAUUAAAAGGGAAAAAAAUAAACGCAAAAAUAGAUAAUAAUGACAACCGGCAGUGCCAGGUUACUUUAUUUUGCGGGAAUAGCGAUCACGUUUCUUUCCUUUUUUUAUGAUUUGUCUUGCUUUUCCUUUCCAUUUAUCGUGUUUAUUUUAUAUUAUUUAGAAAUUCUAAUAGAUACUCAUUACGUAAAGGUUACAAAAUAUAGUUAUUUCUUACGUAAUAGGUAAAAUAGAAGCGUUACGUAAGACUUACGUAAUGACUUAGCACUUUACGUAAUGUUAGGUUAAUACUCAUUACGUAAAGGGACCUUCCAUUACGUAAGGUUUCCGCAAUGACAUUUUUCAACUGUUACGUAAAAUACACAUUCAUUACGUAAAGGUUACGUAACGAUAGUUAUUUCUUACGUAACAGUUAAAUUGGAAGCAUUACGUAAGACUUUCGUAACGACUUAGCACUUUACGUAAUGUGAGGUUAAUACUCAUUAUGUAAAGAGACCUUCCAUUAUGUAAGGUUUCCGUAAUAACAUUUUACAACUGUUACGUAAAAUACGCAUCCAUUACGUUAAGGUUACGUAACGAUAAUAUUUCUUACGUAACUGUUAAAUUGGAAGCAUUACGUAAGGCUUUUGUAACGACUUAGCACUUUACGUAACAGGAGGUUAAUACUCAUUACGUAAAGGGGCCUUCCAUUACGUAAGGUUUCCGUAAUGACAUUUUACAACUGUUACGUAAAAUACACAUCCAUUACGUAAAGUUUAUGUAAUUAUAGUUAAUUCGUAACAGUUAAAUCACAAGCAUUACGUAAGACUUCCGUAAUAACUUAGCACUUUACGUAACACGAGCUUAAUACUCAUUACGUAAAAGGACAUACCUUUACGUAAAGGCUAUGGAACAUGGUUAUUUCUUACGUAACAAUUCAAUCAGAAGCGUUACGUAAGGCUUCCGUAAUUACAGGAAUACAAUAUGUACAAGGAAAGGAAAAGAGAGACUAAUUACAAUCCUACUAGAACUAGGAUAAAGACUUAUCCUUAAUACGCCAUGUAAGAAUUAUGAAUGUUGUGUGUUGUAUUAACAUAGAAGAUCGAGGGCUAUUUAUAGCCUAGCUUACAUUAAUACAAUACGUACAAGGAAAGGAAACACUAAUUACAAUCCUACUAGAACUAAGAUAAAGACUUAUCCUUAAUAUCGGCCAUCAUAACCAUAGAACGUAACUCUCCGGACAAAAACCUGGUGGAAAUUCUUCAUCUUCUUCGUCUUGUUGUGCGUUGCAUAUAGUAAUUAAGGUGAUCCCCUGAC